AUGAAUAAGAGGACCCUUUCCAAUGACGAAAACGAAAACGAGAAAAACAAAACCGGCGUGAAGAGAUACCUGAUGAGCAAUGAUGACCCGUUUGAAAGUCAGAAGAUAUUCCACGAAAAAAACUGCGCGUCUAAAAUUAGUGCCAAUUCGUUAAUAGACAUGAAGGAGGAGGAUGGGUACGUUCUGAGUGACUUGAACAGCAACAUGAAUGGAAAUGAGAACGACGGGGAGAUGAGUUGUGGCAUGGGUCGAGGCACCACCCUGAUGGAUACCACUAUGAGCAAUGAGCGGGAGAAUACCAAAUACGGGGGGGUUACCACGAUGGGCGAGUUUGGCUACGGAGGUGUCGUGGGGGGAGGCUGCGUUGGCAACGGCUGCGUGGGGGCGGGCUGCGUGCCGUCUCCCUGCGUGGCGAACAGUUGCCCAGCCAACAAUUGUGUGGCGAACAAUUGCGUGGCGAACAACUGCACCGCCAACAGUUGUGCAGCCAACCCCUGCACCCCCAGCGACGGCGGGGUGAGCAACCAGCCCCCAAACAUAUACUACCCCAGCGACAGCAAGAAAAGGAAGGGUAGCAAGUACAGCGGAAUGCCAUUCCUCAAAAAGGAAAAAAACUGCGUCAACACAUUCCUCGUUUUGAAAAACGUACCCAGAGAUGCAGACGAGGAGGAUAUCAAAUCGUUUAUGAGGCCAUUUAUAAAAAAUACCAGCCCAGAAAUUAUUUUUGACCGGGACGGAAUUAUUGUGAAGCUGUACGAUGACGAAUUGAACAAAAACAUUUUCAACUACUUUGAUGAGCACCCCACGCAGAUUAAGGGCUCGUUUGUCAGCGUCAAGCUGUCGAAGCUGAGUGAGGAUAGUGGCGGCGCCGCCGUUAAUAAGGAGAACCUGGACGAGUACGAGGGCGGGGGCGUCGCCGCGAACGCCGCCGCGGGUGCGGGGCAGAUUAGCGGUCAGAUUGGUCAGAUUAGCGGCCAGAUUGGUCAGAUUAGCGGCCAGAUUGGUCAGAUUAGCGGCCAGAUUGGUGGGCAGAUUGGACAGAUUAGCGGCCCCAUUGGCGGACAGAUGAGCGCCCCGAUUAGCGGCCAAAUUGGCGGGAGCGGAAGCAACCUGGGCAGCGUGGGCAACGUGCCGAGCGCGAAGGACGCCCUAGAAGGCGCAAACAAAAAAACGGGCAAGCAAAACAAAAACGAGUCCUCGAGAGUCAUCCUCGUGUCAGUCCUCAACCUGCACUACCCAGUCGACAUAGAAUUAAUAUACUAUCUCUUCAGCAAAUGUGGAACGGUAGAAAAGAUCAUCACCUUUUCCAGAAACCCCCUAAUCUACCAAGCCCUAGUUCAGUUCCAGAACAUCGAGACUGCCCAGGAAGCCAUCAAGACGCUACACAACAGGAACAUAUACGAUGGCUGCAACACGAUACAGAUCCAGUACUCCUUUUUGAAGGAGCUGGUUGUGAAGGCGAAUAACUCCAGCUCGAGGGACUACACGGCCACCAACCUGGGCAAGAAUAAGAACCUCCUGAACUUCCAGACCUCGCACGGCGUGCUGCCCACCCCGACACGGAAGGGAAACGACUCCGAGCUGUACCUCAUGUUGGAAAGGAAAUUCAAGCUAGUCGACUUCGACGCGAAGAACACCUCCAAAACGCCCGUCCUGAUUUGUUACAACAUCCCGAAGGACUACACGGAUGUGCACAAGCUCUUCAACCUGUUCAGCGUCUACGGCUUCGUGUCUCGCAUAAAAAUCCUGCGGGAGAAGCCCGACUCGGCGCUCAUCCAGUACGCGGGCUACCUCUUCGCCUCAGUGGCCCAGGAGUGCUUGCAGCACGCGAAGGUUGGCGACCAGGUUUUGGAACUCCACUUUUCAAAAAUCCUAGACAUCCGGAUUGCGCCGCAGCAGAAGAAAAUCGAGUCGUACAAGGCCAAGACAUUCAGCAGCUACGACCAGCGGUAUUUGCUGGCAGACCAAGCGAAGUACAUAAAGGGCGCGUGCAAGCCAACCAAAACGCUGUUCAUAUCGAACGUCAGCGAAGAAGUGACGGAGGAAUGCAUGAUGAAUCUUUUUAUGAAGUACGGAGAGAUUAAAAAAAUAAAAAUCCAGCCCAUAAAGGAGGGAAAGAAGCACAUAACCAUCACAGUGGAGCUCAGUUCAGAAGACACGGCAACAAGGGCGUUAAUGGACCUCCACAAUUUUUACCUGAAAGAUCGCUUCAUCAAAGUGUCGUACACCAAAACUCGAUUAUAAUUAAAAAGAAUAGAGCAAUGCAGAGCAAAGCAAAAUGAAGCAAUAUAAAGCAAAUAAAGCAAUAUAAAGCAAAAUGAAGCAAAAUGAAGCAAAAUGAAGUAAAGUCGAAUGGCUCAGACGACAGAGGAGCCAGCGUGUUGUUCCUCUGACCACAGCGAGGGAAGACACAUGAUGACAAAUUUGCUUCAUUAUUUAUUUCCCCCAUUUUAUUACCAUUUUAUUACCAUUUUUACCUCAUUUUUUUUUUUUAUCGAAAAAUGCCUCUUGUUAAGUAACAUAGCGUAGACCUCGAAGCGGGUUCUUUUUACGUGCGAGUAUGAUGUGUUGUUCGUCCAUUUCCCCUUCCACGUGCAGUGGC